CUCUGACCAUUUGGUGAAUGAGCAAAUUGCCAUCGCCGUUGAAACACGGGAGCAUCUGUCCAGUCAGCGCCAGACGUUCAAGCGGCUGCAGACGCGAUUUAAUGACAUUUCCAACAAAUACCCGCUGAUCAACAGUCUGAUCAAUCGCAUCAACAUCCGCAAACGGCGCGAUUCCUUCAUCAUCGGGCUGGUGGUGUUUCUGUGCACCGUCCUGAUGCUGUUCUAUGCGUUUAGUUAGGUGCCGACUUUUUUUCAAAUUUAUAUUGUCGUUUAUUUGAAUAAAUCGGCUUCACAGGCCACGCCCGUGCAGUUUGAUUGGCAGCCCUCGCCGAGGUUGGCAGCACUGGCGUCACUCCGAGCGGGCUUCCGGUGCCGGUCGGCCAUUUUGUGUGUGCUGACCUUGGUGGAGAGUAGUGUGCACAGGGCUGUUCCCCCCGUUUUCAGGCCCCAAAUUGGUGCGAAAGUGUCUAGGAGUGAUUGGGGAGUGUUGAAAGAAUGUCGAUCGAGUAUUUGCAAGUGGCCGAAGAUGAGGGCGAGGAGCCGAUCGAGCUCCCGACCGAGGACGACGGCACGCUGUUGCUCAGCACCUUGUCCGCUCAGUUUCCCGGGGCCUCCGGCCUGAAAUACCGCAAUCCGGAGAAUAAAUCGAUCAGGGGCGUGCGCUUGAACGAUGGCCGCUUGCAUCCGCCCCCCGAUGGGGGCUGGGGCUCGCAUAUCUAUUACUGUGUGUUUCCCAAAG